AUGGCUCAAGAGAGAGGGAAGCGGAUAAGGAAGGUUAAGAAGGUUCCUCCACCUCAACAUCCAACUACAACAACUGUGACAGAUAAUAUGUUAGCUACAUCUACUGUGAGUGAGAAUGUGCCAGCAACAACUAUUGUGCAUGCUUAUGUGCGAGCAAGAGCUAACAUGCCACCAAGAGCUGAUGUGCCACUGCAAGCUAACGUGCCACCACCAGCUAAUAUGGCCCCAACAACGCAUCAACCGCUACCCAACAUGGUAAAUUGGAUGCCUUUUAUGGGCAUUGGUAUGAAAAGAAAGCGUGGUAAAUCAGGUGGUAAAGCUCUUCAGGACCUUAUAAAGGCUAAUGGUGGACCCCUGUGUGUUGACUUUCAUCCAACCAUCCAUGUCCCGUCUGAUGACAUAAUUUCUAAAAUGUUUACUUCAGAGAUAGGAAUUACUGUCAGAGGUGGGGCACCAGUAUGUCAAUAUGGUUGGUCUGAUGUUGAUGAAGAUGAUAAGAGGGACCUAAGAGAGGAUUUGCAGGUGUUCUUUGUGGUGGAUCUAAGCGUUCCAGUUGUUGUUGCUUAUGUCGAUUCUAAAAUGUCCACUGCUUACUUCCAAUUCAAGUCUCGACUGAAGAAGGAGUGGCAAGGAUUUGGCUCACCUGAGCUGGGACGAGUAAAUCUACCUAAUGCAGAUCUAUGGAAUGAGAGGCCUGUCUCGCAUUGGCACUGGCUUUGUGACAACAUAUACACCAACCAGUCUUGCAUAGAAAUUGCGGAAAAGAAUUCUGCUAAUCAUUAUAUGCAGCAACAUACCCACAGGGUCGGUGCACAACCAUACGUGCAACAUGCUUUGGCAGCCUCUAAGGAAGGGAAGGAGUUGUAG